GACAGUUUUAGUUGCUCGGUGCUGCUCGAUGGCAAACCACAUUAAAAUCGCUGUUUAGUCCAUACGUUGUUAAUCCCCAGAACAAAAAAGUUAAUUCGACGAGGUCAGAUGUUAUUGUCAAUCACUGUCCCCACCCUGUUACCCAAAAAAUCCUGAUCGUCAUCCGUGAGAUGCUGAAGGGUGUGAAAGUUGUCUCAACAUUCAACGGAAUUUCCUCGCACGCGUUCACUCCCCUCGACGACAAAAAAAACCGCAAAUAACGGAUAAUCCUGUGUUCAUUAGUUCUGUGACACUGAAUAUCUUUCGUUUCGGGACGAAAAAAACGUGUGAGGAAUGUGUGCUAGACGAUGUGCUGUGAAUUCAUUGUCUGAUGGGCUGUCAGGGGGAUUCAGUUGACGAGAGGCCGGCUUGUUAUGACACAGGUGCACCAGGUUUGGGGGUGUCCAUCACCUCCCAAAGAUAAACAUCUGAUUGAUUACUAAAUUUCAUAAUUGCUGGAGGAUUGUUUUACCAGGUUGAGGUUAGUCCAGCACUAGUGAGUGAUAAUUUUCGAUAUUUAGUGACUAGUCAUCGAGAAUAGCUGGAGUAGAAGGUGAUUAUGUCAAGAGGCCUGAGGGAGCUACAAUAAUAUUUAGAAAGUGUUGAUUCGACUGUUCAACGAGAGCUGUUGUUAUUUUUUUAUGGCGUUCGGUCGUGUCAAUUUGUCGACAUAGAAAGUGAUUGAUAAAUAUUGUGGAGAAUAGGAUUGUGUCGAGAGCCUGGAAGAGCUGAGAUUAUUUUGAGAACGGAUCAUCGUUGGAGAAUUCAAUGAAUUUUGUUGUCAUUUCUCCAAAUCCAGUUUCAUAACCUCAAUUUAUCGGGGGAAUCAUCGAGAACGUCAAUUGAAGUGAGAGAAUUUUAUUGAAAACGUCAUUAGUAUUAGAACUAGAUGUUGAUUACGUGGAGAGUCUGAGGAAGCCAGACUAAUGAGAAAAUCCCUCUCCGUUGACUAUUUACUCAAGGCUGGUGAUAGUGUCACGAGAUGACCCAGACUGUCGAUUAAAUCGAAGGGGGAAAUUUAAUGAAAAAUCUCAUUACGAAGACUAGACAUUAUCCUGGAGCCUGAGGGAGCUAAACUAAUCCAGGAAACGUCUCGUCCCUGAAUUCCGUGAAUUUUGUUGUCAUUUCUGGAAAUGGAGUUUCUUAACCUCAAUUUAUGGGCAUGAGAAUAUCCAGAACCUGAGGAAAUAUUAAUAACUGAGUAAACGUCUCUUUUAUUGUCUAUUCAACCAUAAUUAUUUAUUAUUAUUUCUCGAAUCUGCCUCUUCCCAUUAAUUCGCCAGCUCAAAGGUCAUCAAAUACCGCGAUUAAAACCGAGAGAUUAUGACAAAGUGAUAAAAAACGUGACAAAAAGUGACAAAUACUUUUGCUCUCAUCAGGGAUUCCCCAAAUUAUCUUCAUGACACCAAGAAACGUCCCCAUCAGCAUAACUUCCCCAAACUAAUGCUGAAUAAAUUCAUCCCCAUCCCCAAUUGAUGGAGACUUGACUCCCCACCGACCCCUCAACGAUGUUCAAUUUCAUGAAGAAGACAACCGAGAAGGAGGAGAAGGAGAAACGUAAGCGUGAAAAAAAAGAACGAAAAGAUGUGAAGAAAAGGGAGAGGGGUAGUAUGUCCACCGAAGAACUUCUUCGACUCGAUGAAAUGCGAAGAUCCCUGAAAAUUCGUGGUCGUCGUAAGGAGAAGGAGAAGUUACCAAGUGGUAUAACAGCUGACUACAGUGCAUCAUUUUUCGCUCAACUCGACCGUGAUCUUCCUGAUAACACAAUUAAUCCAGCUGGCACAAGUUGGACCCGUACACCAGACGGUUUAACCCAGAGUGACUCGUCCGAGGCAUCACUCACUUCACUAAGUCAUGCUGUUGGUAGAAAUCUACCACCACUGCCACCAAAGCCACCCAAGAGGGGAAUCCUCAAGGGCCCAAGGCUCAGCAUCACCAGCAUCACGAGUGUUGUUGAGACAGCUGUUACGCAGAAUGGAAGUGAGAGUGAGAAUAAUCAUUCAGAGGCUAGUACUCUACUGGUGAGAAAUACACUUCAGAAUGAGGUGAUUGCUUAUCAGAAUUUACCGAGUCAUGGGAGUGAUGUGUGCAGUGAAGAGGAGUCAUUGUAUCGUGGUAGAAGCCCACAGGGACAGGAGUCGAAGCUUCUGUUGGUGACGAGUGCAAGUCCUUCUGCUGAUUCGUUGACAGACACCACUAAUUCAUCAUUUGCAACUCCACCUUUUAGUCUGUCACCGGUGGGAGAGUCACAGGGCUUCUCGAGAUGGAGAUCAUCGGCGUCGUUUGAGGAUCAGGGAAUUGAUCUACCACUGCCUGGUAUUAUUCCUCUUGUUAUGCAACAACCGAGGGAGCUUACUAUUCAGAGACAACCACCACCGAGAAAUGAUUUUGGAUUCUCUUUGAGACGAGCUGUUAUUGUUGAACGGGGGGUCAAUGGAACCGCCCAGAUGAAACCAGUCACUUUUGCUGAGCCUGGGGCUAUUGUGCAGAAUAAUAAUGACACUGGGCUAUUACCUGGUGAUAGACUCAUCGAGGUCAAUGGUAUCAAUGUCGAUGACAAGGCGAGGGAGGAGAUUAUUGAUCUUAUUAAGGGAUCUGGGAAUUGCGUGACUGUUAAGGUUCAACCAGUAGCAGAGUUAUCGGAACUGUCUCGACGAGGUGGAUCAGAUGGUCAACAGGUUGAACUUGCACCUGCGAACAUACGGGGAGGUACACUCAGACGGUCUGGGAGUCAGCGCUUUCAUCAGAAUACCGCUCGGACUGAGGAACAUCUGGCUCAGGAGCAGGCCUGGCUGGCGUCUGAACGUGUCUGGCUGCUUCACAGGGGUGGAUUCACCUCGGGAAGGAAGUGUGGUGUUGGUGAUCCAGACACUGGGAAACUGCGGGUGAGGCUGAUACCCAGUGGCGAGGAACUUCUUGUUGAUGAGGAGGAUGUGGAGAAGGCCAAUCCUCCGCAGUUUGAUAAGGCUGAGGAGCUGUCCCAGCUGAGGUUCCUGAAUGAAUCCUCGGUUUUGCAUACACUACGACAGAGAUACGCCAGCAAUCUCAUACACACCUACGCUGGUGACAGCAUGAUUGUUAUUAAUCCAGUUGCACCGUUGGCGAUUUACUCGGAGAAGGUCGUGCAUAUGUUCAAAGGAUGCAAAAGCGAGGACAUGCCACCUCAUAUAUACGCAAUGUCACAAUCCGCCUACAGGGGAAUGUUGGCGACAAGACGUGAUCAUUCCCUAGUUUUCCUAGGUCGAAGUGGCUCUGGCAAGACGACAAACUUCAAGCACGCCUUGCACUAUCUCGUAUUGGCAGCAGGAACAGUCAACAAGAUCCUAACAAUCGAGAAGCUGAACGCCUUAUUCACAGUCCUGGAGGCUUUCGGCAACAGCAGAACCCACAUGAACUCCAACGCCACCCGUUUCACCCAAAUAUUCUCCCUCGACUUCGAUCAAUCCGGUGCGAUAGCCUCAGCAUCUCUCCAAGUUCUCCUCCUCGAGAAAUCGAGAAUCGGUAGACGACCCAAUGGAGAUCCAAGCUUCCAUGCUGUAUAUCGACUCCUAGCUGGUGCUGAAGGUGCCCUACGCAAGGAGCUGAACCUGACCAACCUAGUGGCUGAGAACAAUCCCUUCAUAACUCCCCUCCAAAAGCACGAGGACAAGCAACGAGCAAUGGUGGAGUUCAAUCGAAUAAUCGCAGCAUUCAAAAUUCUGGGGGUAUCUCCAGCUGAUGAGAAGGUGAUAUGGCUGGUGCUGGCAGGUAUCUAUCACCUGAGCUGUGCUGGAGCUGUGAAAUCCAGUUCCCAAGGACGUUGGCAGUUUGCCAGGGUCGACUGUGCCGAGAGGGCAGCCAAUCUUUUGGGUACAACAGUUGAAGAAUUGAGUAGAAUUGUCUUUUCCACGAGUGGUGGUAGUAAUGGAGGGACUCCCAAUGGGGGAAGACCCACCCUCAGAACCCCCAGUCCCACAGAUAGUGGCAAAGACACACCUGGACUUGAUGCUCUCGAGGGACUUCUCGUUGGUCUUUACUCGGAAAUAUUUCACUGCAUUGCUGCACUGAUAAAUAAAUCAAUAUCCUCGCCUGUUCACACUGUCUCGUCGAUGCUCCUCUGCGAUGCUCCUGGCUUUCAGAAUCCUGCGUCCUGUGGACGUCAGACUGGCGCCAAUUUUGAGGAUUUGUGUCAUAAUUAUCUUCAGGAACGUCUGCAAUUCCUUUUUCAUUAUACAGCACUCGUUGCACCGAAGGAUCGUUAUGCACAGGAGGGAAUUGAUGUGGAUUAUGAGGAGGAUUAUGAUGAGGAUUGCAUUGGUUCACCACAGGCUCUUGUUUCACUUCUGGACAGGGGCCAGCAGAGCGCCACUAUGCUCAGGACUAGUCAGAGUGAUCUCAGACAGACUGAGAGGAAGGGACUUCUCUGGUUGCUUGAUGAAGAGGCUGUCUGCUCUGGUGGCAGUGAUGAGGCGUUCCUGGAUAGAUUAUUCUCCCAUUAUGGUGACAGAGAUCAUCAACUACUGCUGAGAAAGGCUCCUGGGACUAAUGAAUUUGUACUGCAACAUCUGCAGGGAACUAAUCCUGUUUUGUAUAGUGCUACUGGGUGGAUCAAGGCGAUUAGGGAGAAUCCGGUUACUAGGAGUGCCAUUACGGUUCUGCAGGAGAGUAGCAGGGAGGAUAUCAGUAGAUUAUUCGUCCAAGCACGUGGUGCUGGUGUUUGUGGAGCUCUCAGUGGCUCUGUACCUGGAAUCGAAGGGUCCCAAUCACUGAGGAGAGCCUCCAGCAUCAGGAGAACCUUCACAGCAGUGAAAAGGAAGAAUGCCUGUCUGCAAGUCAAGUUCACUGUGGAUGGUCUCAUCGAAACCCUCAGAAGAACUCGCGUGAAAUUCGUCCAUUGUCUUCUUCCCCAGCACAACGCUGGCUGCACCGAUAAUAAGAGUCUCUUAACAGUGAAAUCAAAUCAGAGUGAGGACAGUAUAAUGAAUGUACCUCUGCUGCGUUCUCAGAUACGUGGCAGUCAGAUCAUAGAUGCAGUGCGACUGCAUAAAGUUGGCUAUCCCAAGCACAUGCCCCUCAGUGAAUUCAGACGACGUUUUGGUUUGUUGUCCAAUGAUGCGAACGCACGUCCGGGGAGUCCUGUUGCUGAUGAACGCAGAGCUGUUGAGGAUAUGCUGCUGUCGGUGGACGUGGAUCCAGCGUCGUAUCGAGUUGGGCAGAGUCAGAUAUUUUUCCGAGCUGGAGCAUUGGAGAGACUCGAAUCCCAACGAGAUGAAAAAUUAACCGGUCACAUAAUACUUCUGCAAGCGAGAUGCAGGGGAUACCUGGCACGCAGGAAACUCAACACUCUGAAGCUUCAAGAUCUCGCUGUGAGAUGCAUCCAGAGAAACGUGAGGAAGCUCAUGUCUGUGAGAGAGUGGCCUUGGUGGAGGUUGUACGUUAAGGUUGCGCCAUUGUUGAAUGUCCAUCGGACUGAGGAUCAGUUGAAAGCACGAACGGAGGAACUCGAACUGUUGCGUGCUAAAGUCGAGAAACUGGAGCAAGAAAGAAAUCAUUUGAAGCAUGACAACGACAAGCUCGAGGCUAAGCUAAGCGUCAUGACAGCUGAUUACGCCGAGGAGCAUUCGACGUCGACCCUGGCAGCCGAGCGCAUUGACGCCGAAACUUCGGAGAGAUUACGCCUCGAGCGAGAACUCCAGGAUGUCACCGAGGCGCAUAAGAAUCUCCAGCAAACAACUGAAAGACUUGAAAUGGAAUUGUUGUAUGCAAGAGCUGCCGAUUUGAAUGGAAUUGUUUCAGACGGUGAGGACGGAGAGGAUGGCGGUGUCUAUAAACAGAGAUACGAGCACGCGAUACGUGAAUUAGAGUUCAUCAAGCGUAAAAUGGCACAACAACACGAGGACGAUUUAGAACAGCUCGUGGGACUCAAGAAACAGCUUGAGAAGAAGCUUGGUGACGCGUACGAAGAAGUUGAGGAGCAGCGACAAGUCGUCGGCCAAUGGAAACGUCGUGUCCAGAAAUUGAACGGCGAGAUGCACGACCUGAGACUCCUUCUGGAGGAACAGACGGCUCGGAAUAAUUUACUCGAGAAGAAACAACGAAAGUUUGAUUCGGAGACACAGAAUCUUAUGGACGAUCUGAGGCAGGAGAAAGCACAGAGGGAGAGACUAGCACGGGAAAAGGAAAUUGCCAUUGCUGAGAAAUUCACGAUUGAACAAAAUUUGAGUGACGCAAAACUGGAGAUAGAACUUCAGGAGGAGCGCCUGCACACGCUCUCCCAGGAGCUAGAGGAGUUGACCUUCGGUGGAAAAACCGAGGAAGAAGUAGCUCAACUAAAAAAAGCAAAGCACGAGUUGGAAAAAAAAAGUAAAGAUCAAGAGGAGGAGCUGGAUGAUUUAGCAGGUCAGGUACAGCUCCUUGAACAGGCCAAGCUCCGUUUGGAGAUGAGUAUCGAGCAGCAACGAAAGGAGAUGCGCAAGGAGAUGCAACAGCGUGACGAGGAGCUAGAGGACGUGCGAGGCAAUGCCCACAAGAAGGUGAAAGCUCUGGAAGCUCAACUGGAGAACGAGCACGAGGAAAGGACGAUUCUGCUGCGUGAGAAACACGAAUUAGAGCGACGACUGGUGGCCUUCGAGGAUCAGGAUCGAUCUGAUCGUGCUGCCGAGGCUGAAACAACUCAGAGACUCAAGAGGGACUUGAAGAGGACUCGUGCACUGUUGAGGGAUGCCCAGACGAUGCUGGAGAGGUCCAAAGGAGAUUCAACGGGGAAAGCAGCACUGAGACAAUUGAAGAAUCAGCUGGAGGAUGCUGAGUGUGCACGAGCUGUUGCUGUCAAAGCGAAACAAGCACUUGAGCAAGAGCUCAAUGAGACUCAGGCUGCACUGGAUGAAGCGUCCAAGGCCAGAUCAGAAGCUGAGGAGAGGGCGAACGCCGCUAAUCGUGAGAGGACAGAACUGGUAUCCCAGUUGGAAGAAAAUGAAGAGGAACUUGCUGAGGUCCUCAAGAAAUAUCGAGCUGCUGUCCAGCAAGUGUCGAGUGAACAGGCCCAACUCCAGGAGGCGCAGGUACAGAUGUCGGCUCUUGAGGCUGAAAAAUCAGCUCUCAAAGAUCAGAUGAUGGAGUUGACGCAGAGGUUGGAAUCGGUGGAGCAUCUGGGGGAUCCAACUGCUAAUAGUUUGGCCACCAGGCGACUCGAGUUCAGGGCCAAGGAGCUGGAGAGCAAAUUGGAGCUUGAGCAGACUACUCGUGCCAGGGUGGAGACACAAAUUGCCAGGAUGAAGGAGACUGUGGAUAAACUGCAGACUGAGACGGCUGUGCUGAGAACCAAGGAGCAAACUGCUCAGGACGCUGUCAGGAGGCUUCAGAGGUCACUCAGGGAGGUGAAGGAUGAAGCGAGCUCAGCCACUGCCAGGGAACAAGAGGCUACUCGGGCCAGGAGGGACUUGGAAAAGGCUCUUGAUGCUGCUGAAGCGGAGACUAAAAUUGCUAGGGACGAUUUGAGACUGGCCUUGCAGAGGAUUGAUGAUCUGCAGAGUGCUAUUCAGGGAGAACUGGAUUUGGAUUGCAGCGAGGAGGGGACCAGUGAGAAUAGCGAUAGUGAUUGAUCAACAAUUUCCGUGGAUUGUGAUGCCAAUAUUCACUUGAAAUCUACGAGAACCAACUGAAAAUAAGGCUGACUACCUUGAACAAAUAAUUUUACAACUCUCCGAUGAAAUGGAAUAUUAAAUCGAGAGAAACAAAAUCACCCAACGGGAUUAAUAUUAAGCCACCCAUUUUUUUUUUCUUAAUCCACGCUAAUCAUGAUGUUACGAAGUUUUUAAUUCAUUUUUCUCACGAAGAGGAGCUGAAGAAAUAUCGAAAUAUCCAUGAGAUAAGGGUGUGGUGGGAUUGAGUGCCGAUGAAAUAAUUUUAUAACGAUCUAAUGAAUUCGCUGUUUAUUUUUCUGGUGCUAGAAAUGUGUUCGAACCAUCUUUGGCUCAUGUCUUCCAAGAGCACAAGCCAUUCGAUCAGAGGAUUAGUAUCGUUUCAGGCGUGUUCGAUGCGUUCACUAUUCACCGCCUGAUGAAUGUUGAUUAGAAUAAGUACCACUUGUGUAUGAGAUUAUUUAAAUGAAGAGUCACACAUUUGCAUGGCGCUUUUAUACGUCUAUACGAAAGACAUUUGCAAGAUAUAUUAAUUGAGGCGGUCACAAUGUUGAAUUAUCUGUAUAAGUCGACUGCAAAUUAUUGAUUGAUGUUCAAUUUUUCAUGUGCGGAAUAUUGUGUAACUUAUUUGCUUUGUAUAAUGCAGAUCUUAUUUAAUUAAAGAUAUUUACAUUCA